AUGCUGACUCCAACGACACAUUAUGUAGACGCGGCCGCCACCAACAGUACUGAUGAGAUGUGGUCGCCACUACCAGCGCAAUUCUUGUCUUCUCACACUGUUGCAGCUGGAGCCAUGCGUGCUGUUACGUUGGCUGCGCUCGUUGCUGUCUUCGCUGCGCUGGCUGUGACGAAGCCUACCCACUCCGCUAAACCUGAACACAAUAAUGGGCAUCCUCAACGGCACCCUCGCCGUCCCCAACCCGAUUUCCGUGUCCAACCUGCUUCAUCGACCUUCUUCCAGCCCAUGUCUGACGCGCUUGUGCCCCUCAACGCUCACUACGUAUAA